GUGUUCAGACACGUGGAAACCCCAAUUUGGAAGCCAUUACGUAUUGCAAACGACAGCCUUGUUUACGAUCUGAAAUACACGUCUCGUCGAUUAGGAACUGGAAGAAAGACGUGCAAAGUUCUGAACAGUGUAUCUACGAUUUGUUUGGUAUAUUUUUGUGUCUUCUUCAACAGGAACAAUGUCUGAGGAUUUUGAUGUCGAGGCAAUGUUAGAGGCUCCCUUCAAUAAAGAGGGAGAAAGAAAAGGAAGUGGAUCUCAUGAAGAUAAGAAAAGCAGAAAGAAGAGGAGCCGAAGUAAAAGCCGUGACAGGAAAAGAGAUCGUGAUAGGAAACGAAGAGGUGGUGAAGGUCGAAGCAAGAGCCGAGAUAAGCGGAGCAGAAGCAGAGAUAGAGAUCGGCGACGUCGAAGCAAGGAGAAAGAAAGACGUAGAAGCAAAUCUCCCAUCAGAAAAAGGCGGAGUCGAUCAAAAGAAAGACGUCGACCAAGAAGUAUAAGCAAAAGUCCAGUCAGAGAGACCCUCCCCGAGUUGACACCAGAAGAAAGGGAUGCUCGGACAAUAUUUUGUAUGCAGCUGUCGGCAAGAAUCAGACCAAGGGACCUGGAAGAAUUCUUCUCUUCAGUUGGAAAGGUUCGAGAUGUACGUCUUAUUACAGACAACAAAACUCGACGGUCAAAGGGCAUUGCAUAUGUGGAGUUCGCCGAGACUGAUUCAGUGCCUCUAGCAAUGGGUCUCAACAAUCAAAAGCUGCUGGGUGUUCCCAUCAUUGUACAGAGUUCUCAGGCAGAGAAGAACCGAACUGCCAGCAGCACAAGCUUAUUGCAGAAGGGAACGUCAGGUCCCAUGAGACUCUAUGUGGGCUCUCUUCAUUUCAACAUUACCGAAGAUAUGUUGAGGGGUAUCUUUGCUCCAUUUGGUGAGAUUGAUGACAUUAAACUAAUUCGGGAUCAUGAAACUGGACGCUCUCAAGGCUAUGGCUUCAUGUCGUUUACUGAUGCAGAAGAUGCAAAGAAGGCUCUUGAACAGUUGAAUGGGUUCGAGCUUGCUGGUCGACCCAUGAAAGUAGGUCAUGUUACGGAAAGGACAGCAGAGAGUCAGGGAGCAUCGAUACUGGACAGUGAUGAGAUGGAUCGGGCUGGUAUUGACCUCGGGGCCACAGGCAGACUCCAACUUAUGGCCAAGCUUGCUGAAGGUACCGGCUUCCAAAUCCCCCAGUAUGCAGCUAAUGCAUUGAAUCAGGCUGGAACUGCACCAGGUGCAACCCUGACUGCUGCUGUGGCCAAUGCUACAGGGUCAGCAGCAGCAGCGGCAUCAACGCAAGCCCCAUCAGCAGGGGGCGGGGCCCCUCCUAUAGCAACACAGUGCUUCAUGCUUUCCAACAUGUUUGAUCCUAACACAGAGACGCGAAGCAGCUGGGAUCAAGAGAUCCGAGAUGAUGUGAUAGAAGAAUGUAAUAAACAUGGUGGAGUAUUGCAUAUUUAUGUGGAUAAGGCGUCGCCACAGGGCAAUGUCUAUGUCAAGUGUCCAAGUAUUGCUGCUGCUGUUGCAUCAGUCAACUCUCUUCAUGGAAGGUACUUUGCAGGUCGAGUGAUCACAGCAGCAUAUGUUCCUCUGCCUAACUACCAUGCACUGUUUUCUGAUGCUGUGCGUGCUAACCACCUGUUGAUGCCCUCAGCACAGGCUCUGCAAGCUGCUGGUUUCAGUGGCUUCAUGUCUGGUGUUCCGCAGCAAGUGAUUCGAUGAGACUAUGACCAGGGAUGUUUUGUGAAGCGGCCCAGCUGCACGCCGUGUACACUGAUCAGGGAUUUAAUGACGACUUCCUGGAAGUCAAACAGGAAUCUAUCUGUAGACGUGAUGGUGGAAUGUCUUCAGUUGAGGGUAGAAUUGACCAAGGAUGCAAUUAGUAAAAGAGUAUAGUUUUUGCGUGUUCUACCCCAAAAUUGCUAUGCUUCGUCAUCUCGCCAGAAGUUUAAUAUAUGAACUUUUGUAACUUCCAUUGACUUAUCAUUUUCAUCUCUUGUCCUGAAAUUUGAAAGGUUUCAAAUGUCAUGUACCAAAGGAAUUUUAUCAUACGCAGCAAUAAUUUCAGCACAAAUUCAUUCAUUGAGCUCACAUUCAAUAGUUAUAGGUAUUACUGUUUAUUUUAUCACAUGUAAGAUAAACUGUUUGUUGUGCAUAGAUCACAUUCAUGUGGGGGAAUAAUGUUAGCCUUGCAAUUUCUUGUUGUAUAUUUUUCUGUGUUAUCAAUUAAUGCAUCUAUUAUUUUAAAUGUGGCUGUUAAAUCUAUUGAGUGACAUGUUAAAUUAGAAUGGUUCUUAAAGUUGAGGAUGUGUUGAAUGUUUUUAUUAUCCAAGGAGUAUCAGGAUUUUAAACCACAUCAUGUUAUCUCAUUGGAAACAUUUUUCAUGACAUGUACAGUGUAUAUAUUGAAUUUGUCCUAAGCAUUCAUCAGUGUAGUCUUUGUACACACAGUGUUCUGUAUUUUAUUGUAAAUAAAAGUGAUCCAUAUGUGUUAA